AUGACAAAGAGACAGCGGGAGUUGUAUGACAAAGUCAAGAACGCGAGUGGCUGGCUCCUUCUGGCUGAGAGUCAGAUUGGCGAUGAAGAAGCGAAGGCGAUUGCUGAGGCACUCAAAGGGAACAAAGCGGUGACUAUGCUCGAUCUGAAAUGGAAUGAGACUGGCGAAGCUGGAGCGCAGGCGAUUGCUGAAGCACUCAAGGUGAACACGAAGUUGACUACGGUCGAUCUUUACAACAAUCUGAUUGGCGAUGUUGGAGCUCACGCGAUCGCUGAGGCACUCAAAUCUGAAUGCGAAUCAGAUGGCGAUGCUGGAGCGCAAGCGAUUGCUGAGGCACUCAAAGUGAACACGACGCUGAAGGAGCUCCGACUGGGUGAGAAUCAGAUUGGCAAUGUUGGAGCGCAGGCCAUUGCUGUGGUUCUUUCCGUGAACACGACGCUGACUACGCUCUCUCUGGGUGUGAAUCAGAUUGGCGAUAUUGGAGCGCAAGCGAUUGCUGAAGCACUCAAAGUGAACACAACGAUGACCAGGCUCUAUCUGGACGAGAAUCAGAUUGGCGAUGCUGGAGCACAAAUGCUUGCUGAAGCACUCAAAAUGAACAAGAAUCUGACAACACUCUAUCUUGAUCAGAACUUCAUUUCCGAAAAUGGCAUCAAUGCGUUGAAACAAGUCGGCAACAGGACAUGCAAACUUUCUACGGGCGGUCAACUCAAGCCGUCACCUGCUCAACUACAGGAGAUGGCGUCUCGCGCCGCUCAAGUCCGUCCCAGCGUUCCAACAACUAAAAAUCCGCAAGUUGCCCGUUCUGCAGCCAGCGUGCCACACGCUGCUCCAAGUUCCAGCCACGCUCCAUCUUCUCCGACCCCUCCUGCCCCUGCCUCCAAACCCCGUGGCAGCGCGAACGCGGGUCCCGCGAUACCAACUGACUCCACCGAAGAGAUCCGUCAACUGCAAGCUCGCAUCGCGCAGCUCGAACUCGAGCGCCAAGCACCACCAAUAAUCUCUGCCGCACCUUUCCUAUCCAACAUUCUGAAAGUACCAUUGCAAGUUCUGUCGGAAGCAACGGCGCAGUUUUCAGAGUCCAAGCGUAUCGGUGGCGGUGGAUUUGGCAGCGUCUACUCUGGUGUCUGGAGCGGUCAGCGAGUUGCUGUCAAACGCUUGGCAGCGGAUUCAACUCAAGGCAUCUCUCAGUUCGAGUCAGAGCUCGAAGCCCUCUCGCGUUUCCGUCACCCGAAUAUCGUCACCAUCAUGUGCUAUGCCCAGGAAGGCAACGAGCGUUGCUUGGUCUAUGAGCUGAUGCCAAACGGAUCUGUUCGCGAUCGUCUCGAUCGCAAGGGUGGCACGCCUGCAUUGAGCUGGCAGCAACGCCAAAACAUUGCCACCGGUGUUGCAAAUGCUAUGCACUUUGUGCAAACUGCCAUUCCACGUCAGCCGCUGUUCCACCUGGACCUCAAGACGGACAAUGUGCUGCUGGACGCUCACUUCAACGCAAAGGUCGCCGACUUUGGUCUGACGCGCUCUGCGCCAAUGCAAGUGGAUGCACACAGCUACAUUCGUACGCAAACGGUUCAAGGAACGCUUCAGUACAUUUGCCCAGAGUACCACCACGACGGCAAGGUCUCGAUCAAAACGGACGUGUACUCGUACGGCAUGAUUCUGCUUGAACUCGUUACGGGACAGCAGCCCAGUAUCAAUCUGAUGGGUACCGUUCGGCGCGAGCUUAAGAAGAGCCGCAAAAUCGAUGCGGUGCUGGACAAGGCGAUUGACUGGAGCCCUCAAGACAAGGAGUCGGCACAGAUGAUCGGGGCCGAUCUUGCCGCGGAUUGUCUUGAACCAGCGCGAGUUAAUCGACCGUCGUUCGGCGAGAUCCUGAGACGAUUGUCGGGCGAAGAAGCUGAAGUGAACGAGGAAGAGGCUGUCGAAGACAGCGAACGCGAGUGCAUGUACUGUUACAGCGCCCCGGCGAAUGCCAAGCUGAUGCCGUGCUGCCACGCAUGUGUCUGUGUUGCGUGUGCUCAAAAGAUGAUCGAGCGUCCAGACAGGUGCAUGGUUUGCCGAGUCCUUCCGACCUCCUUUGAAACGGGCAAAUACAACCAGACUUUUGUUCCGUGA